AGAGAAAACAAAGUUUACGGGUGUGUACAGCAGAAAAAUGUUUACGAAUAAAGUUAUUUUUACUUUAGUAAGAAACGGAAAUUUGGCCAGAGCAGUUUGGUGUAGUGAAUAUAAUGUAUACUGUACAAAACAAAGAAAUCUGCAUGUUUCUAUGCAGAGUACAUUUCAUGUAUGUCAGUUCAAUAAGGUUGAAGCAAAACUUGCUGGAAGUCAAAAACCAGAUUGGAACAGAGCGGUUUCAGAAGCAGAAAAAAUUGUUGGAUAUCCCACAUCAUUUUUAAGUCUACGUUGGCUUUUAAGCGAUGAAAUAGCAAAUGUAGCAUUACACCUCAGAAAAUUAGUAGGAUCUAAUCAUCCUUUACUAAAAACAGCCAAGAGUGUUAUUUACAAUGGACGUAAUAAUAUGCAAGCAUGGGGUCUUAUUGUAUUGUUAAUUUCAAAAGCUGCUGGUCAUUUAAGUGUAGAUGACAUGGAAGAAGAUAAAGCUGCUGGUGUAUUACACAGUCAGCGAGCUUUAGCAGAAGUCACUGAAAUGAUACGUACUAGUCAUCUUGUUCAUAAAGGAUUAGUAAAUAUAGAACCUAGUGUUUAUUUAGAAACUUCAGAAUUAAAUGACAUGAACUUUGGGAAUAAAAUUGCAUUAUUAAGCGGAGAUUACUUAUUAGCUAAUUCUUGUGCUGAAUUAGCAAAUCUUCGUAAUCAAGAUAUUGUAGAAUUAAUGUCCAGCGCGGUAAGAGAUUUGGCAGAAGCAGAAUUUAUAGGACGCAGAGAUAAUCAAAAUAAUCCUUUACCUUCUGUGCCACCUGAAGACCGAACCGAUUAUGCUGUGAAAGAGUGGACUCUUAGAAAUGUACUAAGCGCUGGUGCUUUACUAGGAAAAUCGUGUAAAGGUACAUUGAAAUUAGCUGGACACGGCAAUGAAAUACAAGAACAAGGGUACAAUUUUGGUAAACAUUUGGCAUUAGCUUGGCAAGCUUGUUUGGAUUUAGGUCCAUUCGUUACAAAAGAUCAAACUGCAACAUUUAAUUUAUGCUCUGCACCAAUUAUGUUUCAUAUCGAACACGACCCAUCGAUUUUGACAGAAAUCGAUAAGGGUAUAGAAUCUGUGAACAAUGUAGAUUAUAAUAAGGUUCACAAGAUUGUCAUGAUGGGACCUGGCAUUGAAUUAACAAAACAAUUGCAAAAAAGACAUUCACAAAGGGCAAUGGAAGUUCUAGGUGUAUUUGAAAAAAGUGAUGCAAGAACAGCAUUAUACAAUAUUAUAGCAGCUAUGGGAGAUUUUUAAAUAAUAAUAUUUAUAAAUAUCUAA